CCCGUUUAAAAUGCAACGCGCCCGUGCUAGAAAAUUGCGCACGAAAUAUUUUUCUUCCUUCCCCCAUUUAUCAAAAUGACGAACGAAAUUGCCACCAAGUACUCUUCCCAAAUUAUAUCUACCAUUACAGCAUUAGAAGACCAGCUUAAGGACAUCACAAAUUCCCAAAAUGAAUUGCUGGAUGCCAUCUUAAAAGCGCAAGCAACUUGUAUUACAGAGCAAGAGUUAGCUGACAUCAAGAAAAUGAUGGAUAAGGUGUCUAUUUACAAUACAAAAUUAUUAUCGAUAAAGGCAACCAUGUCCAUGUUGACAGGAAGGACAAAGCAGCUUCAGGCCAAGGCGGAUAAACUCAAACAAAUAAAGACACAAUAUCUAUCCCAGAUUGAUCAGAUCCGAAAGAUGGAACAAGAAAAGGAUCAGGCUAUUGCAGCAGUGACGUCCUCGCCGACAAUAUCAUCACCCGUUCAAGUCAAUACACCUACUGCAUCAGCUUCUGUGGAAUCUAUACCAAAGAUUAAAUCUAUUGUCAAAAAGAAGAAGAAAUCCAAGGCAAGAGAAGUAUUAAUUGGGGAUGAUUCAUCAUCAGGUAAUUGGGCGCCCAAAAAAUCUCUAAGUCAAAUGGACCUUCUCAAGAAGACAUGAUAAAAGAGGA